UUCCCAGCCUCUCUGAGCACCUUUCUCUUCUCUCCUCCACUCGCUCAGUCGCUCACCUCUCUCCUCAGCACCAUGACCACCUGCAGCCGCCAGUUUACCUCCUCCAGCUCCAUGAAGGGCUCCUGUGGCAUCGGUGGUGGCUCCAGCCGCAUGUCCUCUGUCCUGGCCGGAGGGUCCUGCCGGGCCCCCAGUGCCUACGGGGGGCUGUCAGUCUCCUCCUCCCGCUUUUCCUCCGGAGGAGCCUGUGGGCUGGGGGGCGGCUAUGGCGGCGGCUUCAGCAGCAGCAGCAGCUUUGGUGGGGCCCUGGGUAGCGGCUUUGGCGGAGGAUAUGGUGGUGGCCUUGCUGCCGGCUUCGGCGGUGGCUUCGGUGCUGGCUUCGGCGGUUUCGAUGGCGGCCUCCUCUCUGGCAACGAGAAGAUUACCAUGCAGAACCUCAACGACCGCCUGGCCUCCUACCUGGACAAGGUGCGCGCCCUGGAAGAGGCCAAUGCCGACCUGGAGGUGAAGAUCCGCGACUGGUACCAGAGGCAGAGGCCCAGUGAGGUCAAGGACUACAGCCCCUACUUCAAGACCAUCGAGGACCUGAGGAACAAGAUCAUUGCAGCCACCAUCGAGAACGCUCAGCCUAUUCUGCAGAUUGACAAUGCCAGGCUGGCAGCCGAUGACUUCAGGACCAAGUAUGAGCAUGAGCUGGCCCUGCGCCAGAGCGUGGAGGCCGACAUCAAUGGCCUGCGCAGGGUGCUGGACGAGCUGACCCUGGCCAGAGCCGAUCUGGAGAUGCAGAUCGAGAGCCUGAAGGAGGAGCUGGCCUACCUGAGGAAGAACCAUGAGGAGGAGAUGCUAGUCCUGCGGGGUCAGACCGGCGGGGACGUCAACGUGGAGAUGGAUGCCGCCCCUGGAGUGGACCUGAGCCGCAUCCUGAAUGAGAUGCGUGACCAGUACGAGCAGCUGGCCGAGAAGAACCGCAAGGAUGCCGAGGCCUGGUUCCUGAGCAAGACCGAGGAGCUGAACAGAGAAGUAGCCUCUCACAGCGAACAGGUGCAGACUAGCCGCAGCGAGGUGACGGAACUCCGGAGGGUGCUCCAGGGCCUGGAGAUUGAACUGCAGUCCCAGCUCAGCAUGAAAGCAUCCCUGGAGGGCAGCCUGGAGGAGACCAAAGGCCGGUACUGCAUGCAGCUGUCCCAGAUCCAGGCGCUGAUCAGCAGCGUGGAGGAGCAGCUGGCCCAGCUGCGCUGUGAGAUGGAGCAGCAGAGCCAAGAGUACCAGAUCCUGCUGGACGUGAAGACACGGCUGGAGCAGGAGAUCGCCACCUACCGCCGCCUGCUGGAGGGCGAGGAUGCUCACUUCUCCCAGAACACAUCCGGCCAAACCUAUUCUUCCCGAGAAGUAUUCUCCUCCUCAUCCUCUGGCCACCAGACACGGCCCAUCCUCAAGGAGCAGGGCUCAUCCAGCUUCAGCCAGAGCCAGACCUCCAAGCAUUGAGCUGCCUCUCCAGAGCCCCCUGCCCUGCCGCCGGCUCCGAUUCCCGAAGGCCUGGGUCAGGCCCCUGUUCUCCCAGCGCAGUUCCCAGCUG